AUUUUUUCGUGCCCUAAGCUGGGCCACAUCUCUUGCUCGUCACUCGAUUUUUCCGCAGCUCUGGUUGAAAGCGGCUCAGCAUCAACGACUUCUAACCUCAACAGCACCCACCCCGCCCAGUCGACCCGACCGCAUCACGACGUCAAGAUGGCUACCGAGUUGACCGUCCAGUCCGAGAGGGCUUUCCAGAAGCAGAAGGGUAUCUUCCUUAACCAGAAGGUCAAGGCGAAGUCUGCUCGCCCCGGCAAGAGCGGCCGCAGAUGGUACAAGGACGUUGGUCUGGGUUUCCGCACCCCUGCCACUGCCAUUGAGGGCUCCUACAUCGACAAGAAGUGCCCCUUCACCGGCCAGGUCUCCAUCCGCGGUCGUAUCCUCACCGGCACCGUCGUUUCCACCAAGAUGCACCGCACCCUCAUCAUCCGCAGAGAAUACCUCCACUACAUCCCCAAGUACGCCCGUUACGAGAAGCGCCACAAGAACCUUGCCGCCCACGUCUCCCCCGCUUUCCGUGUCGAGGAGGGUGACCAGGUCACCGUUGGCCAGUGCAGACCUCUGAGCAAGACUGUAUGUUACAAAGAUAUACCACGACGGCCGCUGUUCAAACGAGAGCUCUCUCGCGGGAGGCAAGUUUACUAACGUCGAAUCCAGGUCCGCUUCAACGUCCUGCGUGUCCUUCCCCGCACUGGCAAGGCUGUCAAGAAGUUCAGCAAGUUCUAAAUUGGCUCAUUGGCAUUUACGGCGUGACUGCGGUGUGGGUUCUUCAUUACAUACCGGAUGGGAGGUCAACAGGAAAA